UUUUUAUUAAUUAUCCUUUUAAAGAGAAAUUUUCUGUGACGAGGACCUAUAUAUGAUCUAUCCUCGCGUCGCGACUUGUCGUCUUCGUCUCAAAUCUCAAUCCUCCUCGAAGCACACAACAUCAUAUUCCUCCUCACAUCCCUCUCCUAGAUAGAUAUUUUGACUACUGAAAACAUCGCCGCCGUCUUCAAUUCGAUGGCGUUCCUUGUCCGAUCGCCGGAUAUACCCACACGAAUCUUCUCCGAUUCGAAUUCGAGUGUGAGCCAUGCGUUUACGAGGAGGAAGGUUACUGUUUCCGCGAGAGAUUCGUCUAGUUUCAAGAUUCAGAAAUCGAGACUAUACGCGAAAUUCUCAGCUCCGGCUAAAGAAGACUGCAAGAUUAGCAGACAUGAUGAGGAGGAGGAGGAUAAAGAGAGCUACUACGUGAAUAAGGGCCACGCCGUUCAGUGUCUCAGAGAGGAGCUUCCUUCCUUGUUCCUCAAAGACCCCAACUUCCACAUUUACAGGGAUGAUAUUGUGUUUCGAGAUCCUAUUAACACCUUUAUGGGAAUUGAUAACUACAAAUCCAUGUUCUGGUGGUUGCGUUUCCUUGGAAGGAUCUUCUUCAGAGCACUCUGCGUAGACAUUGUUAGUAUUUGGCAACCCACAGAUAACACUCUCAUGAUUCGAUGGACUGUUCACGGAGUUCCUCGUGGUCCCUGGGAGACUCGUGGUCGUUUUGAUGGCACUUCCGAGUAUAAAUUCGAUAAGAAUGGCAAGAUUUAUGUACACAAAGUCGAUAACAUCGCUAUUAACUCGCCUCCAAAGUUUCAAAUGCUCAGUGUUCAAGACCUUGUUGAAGCCAUUAGCUGCCCUUCCACACCCAAGCCGACCUAUUUUGAGUUUAAAGACUCAUCAUCAUCAUCAUCAUCUUCGGAAACAUACUAGUGUACAUAGUCCUUUUUGUGUGGUUUAUAGAUAUAGAGAGUAAUGAGAAGCUAUGGGACUAUAGUUUCGUGUGUAAUAUUAGAUGAAAGUGAAAUAAAACCAAUAAAAGCGUUUUUGUGUA